CAAUAUUGCUAUAUUGCUACAAAGCAGACUUGGGCACUUGGCCCAACACCAAGCCCAAAACAAAAGUUAUCUUCACUAUGUCUAGAAAAGGAAUUAGGGCAGACCGCAGUCUCUCCAAUCUCCAUUGCUUUCCUCUGUUCUUUUCCAAAAGGAACCAAAACGAUCUUCUCUGUUCGUUUCUUAUCCCCAGAAAUCUCUUUGCUUCAGCUCCUCUAUAUUCUUUUAGCGAAGUCCUUAUGAAAAAGUGGAAUGGAGAGAUCUCGUAACUUACAAGUUCCUCGCUGAUCGUUGGAGAAAAUGUCAAGUUCGUCGUAGAAUAUGUCAAGGUCCCCCUCACAGCUGCAUAAGGCAGAGUGUCAAGUUAACAAGAAACAUUUUCUAAGAUUUGCAUCCAAUAUUAUUUAAGUAGAACAGAAUUGAAGAGGAACAAAAGCCUACCACAGUCUGGCCACACCAGUUGAGCAACCAUCUCUGGCCGGUUUUACACAUAAAGUGUCACAGUGAAGUUUUGACUUCAAGCCAUGCCAGAGAUCAGAUAAGGAGAGAAUGAUCGACAUCUCUGUUAGCUAUUCUUUAUGUAGUUCAUUCGAGAAAAUAUGGUCGACUUCCGGCGGCCAUUGAAAUAGUUCAAUUCUUCCCCAGCUUGACUCUGUCAAAGUAUUCGGACAAAGUUGACCGAAUCGGAGACGCACCCCGAGACGGGUUCGGCGGCAAAAACAAAGAGUCCGCGUAACAUAGCCAAAAACCCAAUAUGAAUUUAUUGCUAUUUUUUUAUUACAGGGAUGUCUAGUUCUGGAGAAGAUUUUUCUCAAUUUGGUAUUUCUGUUGAGGAAAAAGACAAGCUUGUAGCAGAAGUGAUUCGAUAUGUAUUAUUCAAGAGUGAACAGAGUUCAGGGUGUCCAAUAAAGAGGGAGGAGCUAACUCAAUUGAUCACUGGCAAGAAUUAUCGUCAACGAAAUCUACCUGCUUUUGUCAUAAAUGAGGCAAAAUUGAAAAUUUCCUCUAUUUUUGGCUUUGAAAUGAGGGAACUUCAACGCUCACGCUCUUCUGCUACUCAAAACCCUCGCGCAUCUCAGCAAGUUGCAUCUGAUGCAAAGUCAUAUAUUCUCAGAAGUCAGCUACCUGCAGAUAUAUACAAGGCAUUUGUGGAGGAUGAAAAUAAAUCACAUGUCACUGCUCUUACAUUUGUCGUUCUUAGCAUUGUUCGUCUUGCUGGAGGGAAAAUUAAUGAAGAAAAUCUUUGGCCUCAUUUGAGACGGCUGGGAUUGUCUGAAACUGAUGAAAGUCAUCCUGUUCAUGGAAACCUCAAACUAGCAUUGGAAGCAAUUGUUCAACAAAGAUACUUGCACAAAGAGAAAGUUAAUGGUCCAGAAGGUAAUGCAACGUUUUAUGAACUUGCUGAGAGGGCACUAGAUGGGCCAAUUAAUGACGGAAUGAAAGAGCAUAUAUCAAAGAUUGUGAACAAAGAUAUUACUUCGGUGGAUGCUGACUAGUUUGUUUACUGCUGUCUGGGAUUCUUCACAAGUGUUUUGGCCAUAGUUCCUAACUGUAUGAGGGUGGUCUUUGAAGUUGUUAAUUUGGUAUGAUGUUUUACAUUCGCCAGAGCUGCUACUUUCGUUCUGUCUAUUUUUGUGAAAUACAGCAGUUAAUGUGUUUAGGCAGCUGAAUUGAUGUUAUUUAUAUGAUCAUCCUUGUUGUCUGGCGUAGUAAUUAAUUUUUGUUUAUAGAAAUAUUAAUAGAGCCCCCCA